AUGGGAGACGCUGGAGAUUCAAGUAUUUCUGGCUCAGGGACAGAAUCGGGUUCGAAUGGAAAUAUCGAGCUUGUCAUGGCAGAGUUUCUUUCGAAAUGCAUGGAGGUAGUCGCCGAAAAGUCGGCAAAGAAGGAAGAAAAGGUCCCUCAAGUUGGGCAGAAGGGCUUGUUGAAACAAGCGGAAGCAAACACAAAGUGGAUUAACCUGUUGACGGGAGCGGAUGAAUCGAAUUGGCAGAAUACUAUAAAAUCAGUGGUAGAUUCGAUCCGAGCUCGGAACGCUGAGUUGAUGUUGCUCGACAAGAAUCCGAAUGCUCUCAAGGCGAAGGAACAGUUCGAGGCGAUUGCUCAAGUUAACGGAGUUCCUUUGGAUUCGAUGGAUGCAAAAUGGAUAGCGAUGGCUCAGAUGAUAUCAACCGGAGCGUCUACAUCUUCGAAUCGUCAUCCUCCGAAACGGGACCAGUUCUUUCGAUCAGCGGGCUCCUCCUACAGGCCAGGGGGAGUCCGCGGCGACUUCUAUGGCCGACAAGUCGAGGAAUUCCAGAGAAGACCGAUUAAGAGAACUUACGACGAUCGCGAGGCGAAUUCAGAAGAUGGCUUCAGAAAAUCGACAGUCAAAUGUUACGCGUGUCACAGGACGGGACACUAUGCAACGGGCUGUCCACAGAGAAGGUUAGAAGACUGGAAAACUGCGUGGCCAUUUUUGCAGAGAGCUAAGUAUGCUGCGACGUUUGAUUUUCGUGGCGGAUAUCAUCACGUUAGAAUUGCAGACAAUUCUACAGAUUUGCUCGCGUUCUCUCUUUCUAAUCCCCAUGCUCCUCCGUAUUUUAAAUUCGUGGCUCUACCAUUUGGUUUGAGCACAGCUCCAUGGCUGUUUACAAAGAUUUUCAGGCCUUUAGUAGCGCGAUGGCGAGAAUUCGGUAUAAAAAUCUUCCUCUAUUUGGAUGACGGGUUGAUACUAGCAGAAACUAAAGAGCAGGCCCUUUUAGCGGUGAAAAUAGUUAGGGAGGAUUUGGAAGCGGCGGGCGUGACAGUAGCCGAGGAUAAGUCUUUUUGGGAACCAAGUCACCAAUUUACGUGGCUUGGGUUGAUGGGCGAUCUCAGCGAGAGAACAGUGAGACUUACAGAAAAACGCGAGAAGAAUUUACGAGCGCAGUUGGAGAAAAUGAGGCGGAGUGAGGCUCCGACGAUUCUUGAUCGUCAGAAAUUGUGUGGUUAUUUGUCUUCAAUGACUGUAAUUUCAGAUGAAGCCAUCAGACGUCAGCGUCGAGUGUCCCAUGCGGUCGCGACAACGAUUAAGGAGCACCCAGAGACACGUCCAUUGGGGUUCCUUUAUCCAAAGCUUGAAUACAGAGGCGAUGAAGCCAGUCGAGAUUUCGACUAUGACGAUUGGGGAGUCCAGGAUUGGGCUUUUACGUGGCACAGAAAAGAUGGGGAUUGGUCGCCUGUGACUGGUUCCCGGAACCAUGUGCAGCUGGAGCAGAUGUCUUUCAAUGGAUUCGAGAAGCCACGCAGCUGGGAUUGGCAUGAAGGGCACAAAGCAGCGUUCUUUGAGAGUCUGGUUGAGGAGGCGGAAAGGGCUGGUCUGAUGCAUCUGGUGGAUUCUCUCGGAAAAGCACCAAUUGAAGCUAGAGCAGUAUCGACGAUGAAAGCGUAUGCGGGGGAGAACCAGAGAAGAAUCAAUUGGUCCAAAAGUUUACCGGCAUCGCUGUCAGAAGAGCACAGGUUCACUCUGUACUUGGUGGAUAGAGCGAUGUCAGCUGGGAGUAGUUCAUUAGCAAAAGCAGCUGCCGCUUUCAAGCUGGCAAACGACGGUCUGUCUCCAUUCGCCAGUCAACUAGUGUCCGAUGUCAUCAAGGCACAAAGAAGAAAAGAGAGCGAAUCUCGUGCACAGCCGACACAAAUAAGGAGGGCCAAAAACGAUCAAUUAGCUAGAGGAAGAGAGACGUUCUGUAAUUGGCCGGAGGGAUCUAAAAGAGAUUGUCUGCUUAAAAGAUUCCGAGCACGUGCAUCGAUGAGACCCGGAUUGGAUUUUGUCUUCCAAAAUAUCGUAAACGGAACCAAGCUGACGCCGUCAGCGAUUUCAGGAAUUGCCAAGGAUACGCUAGCGGCUGCUGGAGUAUCCGCGACACACCAUUCACUCAGACGAGGACGUGCCAACCAUCUUCAGCAGUCUGGAGUGGAUUUCCAAGCUAUUAAGGAGACUGGUCGGUGGAGGUCAGACGCCGGACUGCGAUGUUAUUUGAGCGAUUCUCCGAGAGCUCAAGGAUUCACAGUGACGGAGUUGGGGGAUGAAGUUGGAGGAUGA